CUUAGCGAGGACAACUUUCGACAACAUUUACGAUGGUGCCACAUAAAACCGCGCGCACAGCUGCUGUGAUCGUGGUGGCCAUGGCAUUACUAUUGCCUGCACUGCUGAAAACAGCUGGCGCGCAGCCCGUCUAUCCUGGCGUCUCCCCCAGCCCCGCGCUGCCCGUAUACGGCACCUACCCGCCAGUCUACGGCGUCCCGCCGCCUCCAAGCCCGCCGUCACCACUGCCCCCCAGCCCUGCUCCUCCAUCGCUGCCGCCCGCACCUCCGGGCACGACCGCCAUCUCCCUUACUGCCGCGGCUGCGUCAGCAGGCCCCCUUACCUCGUGCUCGGGCUCAAUUGUGUCUGCUGGCACGUCCGUGGGCACCAUCACCACCGACAGCAACGGCAGGAUCGGCGCCCAGAACUACGUCACGCCCGCGGCAAGCCUGGUUGUGACCAUCGCCGCCUCCAGCACCUGCAUCGACGCCUUCACAGGCCUGCCGCUCCCGCUGAGCCUGUCGGCGACGCUGCCGGCCCCUCUAACCGCCGGAUCCGACAGCGCCGCGGCUGCCGAGCUAACGUCCUCGCUCACGCCCACGAGCCGCCUGCUGUCUACCUUGCUCACGUCCACUGGCACCGCCGCCUCUGCCACCUCCGCCGCAACCUCCACGUCUGCUGCCUACAAGCUGGUGGGCGUGGACGUCAGCGCCGCAGCCGCCACCGCGGCAUCGGCCGCCUUUGGGCCCCUGGACGCGAUUAAGCAAGCAAACAUUGCUGCACGGCUGGUGGGCGUGAGGAUGCUGUACGCUGACGUCACGCUGACGUCGCUGCUGCUGGCGGGCAUCAACGCGCUGUCGGCCAUGUCGCCCGCCGCGAGCGACGGCGGCAGCGGCGGCUCCACCGACUGCAGCUCCACAGAGAGUUCGGCUCAGGUCCUUUACGGCCUGCUCGCCAUCCGCGCCGUCGCCUCGCCCACUCGCACCCUAGAUCUCACGCAGCCCGGCCUACUCCAGGACCUCCUGACCGCCGCCGCCUCGGCCUGCGGCAAGGACGUGUCGGCCGCCGCCGCCUCCGACGCCGCCGCGCUGUACGGCAGGGUGCUUGGCGAGCUGAAUGCGACGUCAUGGACGGAGGCGGCGGGCGCGGAGCUGGCGGCUCUGCCUCUGGAGGCCGUGGCGACGGCGGCGCGUGUGCAGUAUGUGGUGCAGUUUCGUGGCACGUCAGCAGUGGCCGACUGGAGGGUGCUCCUAGCCGCAGCCCCCGUCAAGACCGAUGCGAUGGCGGCGGCUUUGGGAAUGGCCACCCUGCCCGCCGCCAGCACCACCACCGCGCUGCUCGCCGUGCGGGCGACGGGCGCGCUGACGGGCUGCAAUCUGACCUUUGCUGACGUGGUGUCGGCGUCAUGGCUGCGGGGAGCCACCACCGACAGCAACACAGGCGUGGCCCAGCUGGUCAGCGGCAUUGUGGCUGCCAAGGUGUCCGUCUCGCCUGGCUGCACAGACGCAGUCCUGUCAGUGGGCAAUCGCACCGUCCCCUUCAUCCUCGCCACGAACGCCCUCGUCCCGCCCUUCUCCGCCGCCACCACGCCGUUCGCGGCGGUCAUAGACUCCGUCGCCGCGCUGGCCUCCCAGGCCUUCAUCAUCAGCCAGGGCAACUCCACGCCGCCCCGACUCAUUGGUGCCUCAGAUUACGCUCUUCCGUACACGUACCACGGCAUAGGCCGCGCGGGCGCGGCCGAUGCGCUCCCCGCCGGCACGGACUUCGUGUCUCAAAACUGGCCCGCCUCCAACCCCAUCGUGCCGCGUGCGUACCUGCUCAGCCUGCGGGUGCAGGCGGCCGUGGGCCCCACCAGCGCCUUCCUCUCAGCCCUGAUUGGCAACCGGCGCUCAGUGGACGCUGUCGGCUCCUCGCUGCUGGGCCGCCUGGCACGUGACCUGCUGGCGGGACGUCUUGCACUGGACGACGCCGCCUACCUGUCCUCCGUCAUGGCCGCCUUUGUCGAGGCAGACGCCGCCGCCAUCGCCUCCAAUGCUUCUAGCACUGGCGCGCUGAGCUUUCGCCGCCGGCUCGCCACCAACGCCACCAUCGGCAAUCUGGACUCCACACAGCUGUCGAGCCUCCUGGACUCCGCUGCUGGUGCCGUGGCCGAGAGCAACGCCCUGCUGACGCAGCUCGACCGCCAGGUGGUCGCCGCGGCCAACUCCGGCUCGCCACUCAACACCACCGCUACCCUGCUCGCCGCGGCGCAAAUCGCGUCCGUGCAGCACCAGGCCCUGACGCAAGCCCUCGCCGACCUGGCGUCCGCCGUCGCCGCCAGCGACGCCGCCGCCACCGCCAACCUCACAACCAAGCUGACCUCCAGCUUCACCGGCCCCGCACUCAAGUCCCAGGUCGAGAGCGCCGCCGUGGACGCCGAUGCCCUGGCCGCGAUCACACAGUCGGGAGCAGACUCUGCUGAGGGCGGCGGCGACUCGGGAUCGGGACUGAGCAAGGGCGCUGUGGCAGGCAUCGUGGUGGGCGUCGUGUGCGGCGCGGUGGUGCUGCUGGGAGCGGCGCUGGUGGUGGUGCGGCGCGUGCGGCGUCGCCAGCGCGACACCGUGGUCCCGCGCCGCGGCGGCGGCGACGUAGAGAUGCAGUACGCUGCGCCGCAGUGGGUGGCCUUCCAUGGCGACGUGGCGCCCGAUGCCGGCCCCGGUGGCACCGCCGCCGCCGCGGCGGACGCAGAUGUCGACAACCUCCGUCCCAGCAGCCGCCGGCGCCCGUACGAGGCACUGCAGGUCAGCGGCGUGUGGCCCGGCGGCGGCCGGCGGGGAGCUGUAGCAGAGGGCGUCGUGCGCAGCGCCUGCCCCGUCAAACCGCAUGCUAAUGCCAUUUUCACCAUCGUCAGCGAUGAUGACGCCCCCAGCCCCCGCGCUGCUGCCGCUUUCGCUGCCCCUCCCGCAACGGCUCCUGCCCGCGACGCCUGCUGCUCCGGCCAGAUGUCUGACAUCGAGCUGCCCACGGCCUCUCGUGCGCCGGCGGCGGCCGCUGGCAGCGGCCCGCAGGCGGAAUCAGCGGGAACGGCGGCGCAGCCACGAAGCCUGUCAAAGCCUGAGCCGGCCGUGCUACAGCCCGCGGCAGACGGCAAUAGCAACACCGGCAGCAUCCAGCUGGGGGCUUCACAGGUGGUGUCACCGAGGGCGCUAAAGCUGCGCAUGCCGGAUGGGGUGUUGUGGAACAACCCCAUGUGGGGUGAGGCUGAGUCAGCACGGAGCUCGCAAGGCCAGCGAUAGCCGGGCGCAGCUGCUGAGGCGGGUGCAUGUGCAUGUGUGGGAUGGGUGGGCGUGCUAGUUCCGUGCCUACUGAGCGCGGGCAUCCAAGGUCUGGGUCGGUGUCUGAAGGUUGAGACAGAUGUAUGCUGUACAUGAGCGGAUGGUGUUAUGGCCCUGACCCUGCUCAAGUCGGGUUCUCUUCUGCCAUCCUUUCAAAAAGAAAGGUCAAUGUGCAGGGGGACUCGACGCUAGCUGCUUUUGGCCCACCUGGGCAUGACUUGCCAUUGUACGAUAUGGCACCACAAGGUGCAGCCGUGGAAUGAGUGUUGGGCCAGAAACGCUGUCUGGGGUAAUGUUGAGUGUAUGUAGGUGGCAAACACUUGGUGAUGUACUAGGACGUGCAUUGAGGCAACAGCUGAGCGUACUAUGGGUGAGUGAUGGGCGGGCAAGAAGCUGGAGAUGGUCGUGCGCUGUGACGUGCCUGUGCAUAUUAUCUGGGACUUGCGUGACCUUGCGUGCGCAACAUGUAUAAUGGAGCAUGCCUGGAGUUUCCAUUCCGUGCAAGGUAUAAUGCUCAUGACCCCCGCCCCCCCCCCCCCCGCGCGGGCACAUGCAUGUUGUUGCCUUACCGAUGAUCGCGCCGGCUGGCUCAAUGGAGUUUGCUGACACGCAAUCCUCACGCUCGGGCGUUAGCAGUCACAGAACCACGCAGAUAUUAAGCGCUGUCGUACCGCGCCGACGACAGCAACCAACGUAAUGGGAGCAGUGUGCAGCAAUAGAAUGGCCCCGCGACAGUGUGACGGGAAGGGGCAAGACCAGGGCGCAGCAAGGGAGAUAACGGGCCCCAAAGCGUACAGCGGUGAGUGUCGACUGCGUGUGCGAUGGGACAGUGGUAAGGCAGGUUGGUGAAGUCCCGUAGGGUGCAGCUGAUUCCCAGAACACAGCAGAUGGCAAACAAUUUGCAACGGCAGGGGCCGGUCGAACACCGGAGUUCCUGACGAGUUGCUGGCUGGCGCAGUCGACUGCGGAGCAGAUGUCCGCCUCUACCAGGUAUCCCCGCUGCAGCGUGAAGGAAGCAUGGU